GGAAAAGCCUGGCCCCAAAGCCUGAGCCCGCAGGUAGCCACUGUCCACGUGGGUCCCUGACACCUGGGCUUUGCCAGGAGCUUGGGUCGAUUCCAGAGGGGCCGCUGGCGCCUCGGCCUGGCCCAGGCAGCACUAGCGGCACCCCGAGCGGCCGAGCCCCGCCCCACCCCUCUUGUCCCGCCCUGAGCAGAGGGCACCAACGGGCAGAACGGGGCUGCUGGGCGGUGUGGAGUCGCGCUGUUCCUUCGUACGAAGUGUGCUCCCAGAAACUCGCUAUGUCAGCUGCGAAGGUGGGGAGCGUUUUCCACAGAGCCCGGGACAGGACCCUGGACGCGUUUCUCGCAGAAGAGGAAAGGGAAUGGAAAGGCCCGUUCUACUUUAUCCAAGGUGCAGACCCACAGUUUGGGCUGAUGAAGGCCUGGUCCACCGGGGACUGUGACCAUGGAGGUGACGAAUGGGGCCAGGAAAUCCGUCUCACUGAGCAAGCUGUUCAGGCCAUCAACAAACUGAACCCCAAACCCAAAUUCUUUGUUCUGUGCGGCGACCUCAUCCAUGCCAUGCCAGGGACUCCCUGGCGCAAGGAGCAGACUGAGGACCUGCAGCGGGUGCUCAAAGACCUUGACAGAGAGAUCCCACUGGUCCUUGUCAGUGGCAACCAUGACCUGGGCAACGUCCCCACAGCCGAGACCAUCCAGGAGUUCCACCAGACAUGGGGAGAUGACUACUUCAGCUUCUGGGUUGGGGGUGUCCUGUUCCUGGUACUCAACUCCCAAUUCUGGUACGAUGCCUCCCAGUGCCCGGCCCUGAAGCAGGCCCAGGACUGCUGGCUGGACCAGCAGCUGAGAAUCGCAGGACAACGGAAGUGCCAGCAUGCCAUCGUCUUCCAGCAUAUCCCGCUGUUCCUGCACAGCAUCGAUGAGGAUGACGACUACUUCAACCUCACCAAAGCUGUGCGCACAGAGCUGGCGGACAAGCUCACUGCUGCAGGUGUCAGAGCUGUGUUCUCAGGCCACUACCACAGGAACGCUGGGGGCACCUACCAGAACCUGGACAUGGUUGUGUCAUCUGCCAUUGGAUGCCAGUUGGGCAAAGACACCCAUGGGCUCCGAGUUGUGGUUGUCACCGCUGAGAAAAUCGUCCAUCGGUACUACAGUUUAGAUGAGCUAAGCGAGAAAGGAAUAGAAGAUGAUCUAAUGGAGCUGAUGAAGAAUGAAUGAGUGCCCUUUGUGAUCUGCUUCCCUUUCACUUCCAGUUUUUUUAUUUUGCCAGAAAAAGCAGCAGCACACAACCCCUUGUUACAAUGUAAGCAUAGACCAGGCAGUUUUGUGAGUUUACAUCCUUUUACAUAAAGCCUGUGCUAAGUUACAUUCACAGUAGAACUGCCACGCAGAAAGCCUGGAAAUAAUUUUCUAAUUGUUAUGAUAUUAGCUAUCUCUGCAUGAAUGUUGGGGAAAUUCUCCUACUCGCACAUUUCUCAACUUUGCUUUCAAAUUAGAUUGUUUCUGGCAGCAUAUGAUCAAUGUCUACCUAUUGACCUCAGUCCCAGCUUGAUAUCCAAGUGUGGUCUUUGCUAAUUCCUUGAACACACUGUAUCUGAUUAUAUUAAAUUGUGGUCAUGACUCGCAAAAUGUUAGCAAAACAAAGGUCAUCUCCUUUCCUUUUUAGCAAAAUAAAUAGCUGUCUCUCUCUUACCAGAGCUAUGUAGACUUUAAAAAGAGCCAAGUAGCUACCAUUGGUUGUUAAAUUCUGAAGUGUCAAUGACUGCUAAUGCUGGGAACAGAAUACACCUGAUACAAGUCAGAACUUGAAUUUGUCUUCCUGACACAUACAAAAGUUACCUUUGCACAAAAGUUGGCUGUUUAUGAAAAUCUCACCCAGAAGGUGUGAUCAAGGCCCUAAGAUAUGCGCAGAAAGUCACUCUGCAGCCGAGUUUGUUCAUCUGGAGUGUUCUGGUGCUAGAGUCAGUUGACAGUGGGAUUCUCCUGGGGUCGGAAUGGCCCUUCUUUUACCAGCCUCAAAACUUCACCUGCUUCAAUAAAAAGUGGAAAUUGAUGCAGACUUCUCAACAAAAACAAAGCAGAAAUUCUGGUGGGACCAAAACGAGCUUUCAGCCACACUAACCUGACACCACAUGCUGUUGAAUGCACAGGUUCAGUAUCCCUUGGUAGAAUAGCAUUGGUUCUUUAUGUUUUAUAUAACAUGCUUUGCUGCAUCUCCUUAACAGCUUCUGGCCCUGGUGUGCUUUCACCCAUGCAGUUUGUUUGCAUGCUUGUUUCGCUUGCUUGCUUGUUUCUUUUGUGAGGAUUAAACUCAAGGAAUGUUGAACUACAUUCCUAGCCCUUUCUUUUGACAAGGUCUCACUAAAUUACCCAACGCAGCCUUAGGCUUGCAAUUCUCCAACCUCAGUCUCCCAAGUAGCUGGGAUUACAGACUGCACCACUCUAUCCAGCCAAUCUGUGUAGUCUUUUUCAUGAAUCGUCCUAGUGAACAAGUUACCAGGUACUCCAGAUUCUGGCAGGGAACUUUGCAGGAUUAUGCAGUAGUAUUCGCAAGCCUAAAAAAACUUUUAAAAAUCGACUGGUUACAAAUGAACUCCAAAGUCCAUUAAGUUAAAAAAAACUUUCUUGUUAAAGAGUUUUAGUCAUCGUAGCAAAACGAUAGGAAAUUAAAUAGAAAGAUAAUUGGAUAUGUAAAUUCAUAAAGAACAAAAGGCAAGGAGUUAAUUAUACUACAGAUUGGUGACGCACCAUUGUUCAUUGUUACUUGCAAAAAAAUUAAAAUUUUCCAAACUAAAAUGUCCUGUGGUGCUUUGCUGUGAUCCUGUUUUGUGCUCAUUUUUCUUUGCAACACACUUAGAUAUCAGAGGGCAACAGGGGUGUAACUAAUGAGCCACUGGAGACAUGGGGGGUGGUGACGCUGGGAUCAUAAACACGUGGGCUCUGACUCCACAGUGGGGGAUGCUCAGGAGGAAAAUAGGAAGAAUUUAAUCACAGAGGACUGAAGAAGUCGCUGUCUUUCUCACGUUCCUGUACAGAAUUGGGGAAGGAUAUGGGGAUGAUUAAAAGUAAUGGGAACUGAAAUAAACCCUUUUCUAAGAAACAACUUGUAAGUCAAAGAAUUGAUUUGAAAUACCCAAGAAUAUGCUAAGAAAAAGGAAUUAUAUGAAAUGCCCACCAUUUUAAAAUAGCAAAACAACUGUGUUCCACAACUGUAAGAGAUUCAGAAUAAAGCUGAACAAUGUUUCUGAUAUGUAUUACUCAGGUAAUAGAUCACGAUUAAUGCAUUCACUUAUGAUUCUGUUUAAAAAUGAAAACCAUCAAAAAUAAAUGCCUUAAUACUGUGAAAAACAAUAAAAGAUGUCAUGAGUAUACUUGC